AUGUCUUUGAGUGCACCAGCACGGGGCGAGGUCUUCCAGACCCAGACCUGCGUCCAUAUUCGGUGGCUCUUCCUCCUAUACCCGGCCGUACUGGUUCUGUUGGCCAUCAUCUUCUUCGCGGUCAUGGUCUUUGAGACUCGCCGCCGAGAAAUCAGCAGACACGACUGGAAGUCUUCCCCGCUGGCCUUGCUUUUUCACGGACUGGAUCGACAAUCGAUGGGUAAUGGUGAAUAUGCGUCCAUCACCCAGGCGAACGAAAUGGCACGGAUUGCAGACCACACUCCGAUUCUCCAUCCACCGAAGACCAUUUCGGUACAAUACUGCGUCAACGACUUCCAGCGUCGCCUUGUUGGCAUGGGUCCUUUUGAUGGCAUGGUCGGCAAAGGCUUGAAGCCUCUUACGGCACAGAAGCAGAAAGUGCACUCGCAAACCAUCAAGCAUGGCCCGAAUACCACUUCGAAACACAGAUCUCAACCCGCUCAGUCCACUUCCAAACCUUCACCUCCUCUCUCCAAUGGGCAAAAAUCCAUACAGCAUUCACGACAUGGGAUGGAGCGCCGAUGGCCAAGAAUCCGCUUCUUAUACAACCAACGAGCUCACCAGAUCCUUCGAAUCGUUGGGCUGAACACGCUGGGCCAAGUACGAAGCGUAAUCGAAGAGAGUAGCACAACAUUCGUCGAUUACUCGCAGAAGGAAUACUAUCAUGAAAUCAGGGAUUCCAAUGAAAUGAUAUCUGGGCUAGUGAACGAGAUGAUUACGCGAGGAGAAUGGAACGUGCGUUCAGUGGAGUCGGUUGAUGAGGAAAAGAGACAGAUAUGGCUCAAAGCGUUUGGCGCAGUAGAGGGCCAAGAUCCGUACUACGCGCAGCUUGCGAGGGUCAAUUUUGACGGUUCUGACUUUACGCUGCUGACCAGUGGCGACGGGACACACACCUGGACAUGGAGUCCUGAUCGCAAGUAUCUAAUCGAUACAUGGUCCAGAGUAGAUGACGAUACGGUCGACCUGGAAGUCAAGGAGCGGAGGAGGUUGGGACUGCCAGAGCAGGUUCUGCGGAUUAAGGGCUGGAAUGAGAUGGAUGGCAGUGGUGUUAAAAGGAAGGAACAGAGGGAUGGGAAUGGGAACGACACAAGUGAACCCAAGGGGAAACACACCUCCACCGCUUCGUCUGUGGCUCCCUCCGCUCAAUCAGACUGCGACACAGCUUUGAGAGUUCGACAUGACCAUCGUCUCAAAGUCGACUCGCGCGACACAUCAUACGAUACUGGUGUCUUGCAUAAAAUUAACAAGACAGAAAAGGCCCUUGAAGAAAGUGUUGUGGAUGAAGACGACUGGGAUAUGGUGACUUUAAUCUAA